CUUGAGGCCACAGUUCUACCUUCGUACCAAAACCCAAGUGGUUCAUUAGAGAGAGAGAGAGAGUGCGUGAGAGAGAUUUAUAAGCCUCCCUUUGGGCAUAACAAUUUUUGUGAACAUAGAAACACUCACAACUUAACAAAAAACAAAAAAAAAUGGGAGAGGAGGGGAAGAAACCAGAAGCAGCAGAGGAGAAGAAAAUGGAGGAGAAGAAACCAGAAGAGGAGAAAAAAGAAGGGGAAGAAAAGAAAGUGGAGGCUGAUGAGAAAAAAGAAGAAGAAUCUGAGAAGAAAACUCAAGAAGCAGAACCUACUAAAGAUUCCAAAGAUGAGUCUCCACCCGCGGCUCCUGAGGCUCCAGCACCACCUCCUCCGCCACAAGAGAUUGUCCUUAAGGUUUACAUGCACUGUGAAGGCUGUGCUAGAAAAGUCCGCCGUUGCCUCAAAGGCUUUGAAGGAGUGGAAGAUGUGAUGACUGAUUGUAAAUCGGGGAAAGUGGUGGUGAAGGGAGAGAAAGCUGAUCCAUUGAAAGUGUUAGCCAGAGUUCAAAGGAAGACCCACCGUCAAGUUGUGCUUCUUUCUCCGAUUCCCCCACCGUCUCAGCCACCGGAAAAGAAAGCAGAAGAGGAGAAACCAAAAGCGGAAGAGAAGAAAGUGGAGCCUCCCGUAGUGGUUACGGUGGUCCUCAAGGUUCAUAUGCACUGCGAAGCUUGUGCGACGGAGAUCAAGAAACGAAUCAUGAGAAUGAAAGGAGUGGGAUCUGCUGAAUCGGAUUUAAAGGGUUCUGAAGUGACGGUGAAAGGAGUGUUUGAACCGCAAAAGCUAGUAGACUACGUUUAUAAACGGACUGGAAAACAUGCUGCGAUUAUGAAAGUUGACCCACCGCCUCCCCCGCCACCUGAGGAAGCGGCUCCAGCGGCGGAAGGAGAGAAGAAAGAAGAAGCAAAAAAGGAAGAAAAGGACGGAGGAGAAUCCAAAGGCGAGGAAGGGAAAGAGGAAAAAGCAAAGACGGACGAAGAGAAGAAAGAAGGGGAUGCCGGCAAGGGGGAAGGCGAAGCAGCUGCAAAAGACGGUGGUGGUGAAAGCGGUGGUGGUGGCGGCGGUGGGGAGGAAGAGGCAAAAGUUGUGGAGGUGAGGAAGAUAGAGAAUCCCUAUUACUACUAUCUUUACCAACCGCCCCGUGUGGCUGUUCCGCCUAUGGAAAUGCCGUCGUAUGCUUAUCCGCAUGCAUAUCCGCCGCAACUAUUCAGCGACGAGAAUCCAAACGCAUGUUCCAUAAUGUAACGAAGAAAACCGCAGACGCUAAAUGGUUUAUAUGGAGAAUAUUUGAACAUUUUUGAUUCAGUGGAUACAUGCUGUCUCUUUGCAAGUAGUUUUCUUUUUUACUGUGGUUGUGCAGCUCUUUUUAACGGGCUAUAUAUAAUCAAUAAAAUAUAUAGAUUACAAUA